ACGAACUACGAAUUCCUUCAUUACUGUAGAUGAGAUAAGCUACUCUUCUGGGCAGUUUGAGAAGAACUUCGGCUUCAGGGAGAUGAACGAAGAAAUAAGAGAUAAGAAUGAUCGCAGAAUCAAUCAAUGCCUUGGCUUCGUGUCUUCCUGAGAUUGUGGUACCUUCACUUUUUCUCAUUUUAGGCCUUUCCUCUUUCACGUUUGAUUUGGGGACUGAACCAAGAUGCAUUGCUGGAUUCCCAAUUCUCACACCGAAUCAUCGUUCCCUGGGAAUUUUAGGCUGCUUGAGGAGCUUGAACGUGGGGAGAAAGGCGUACGGAAUUGAUGAUGGUGAUGAUCUGUGCAUGUGUUCCUGGACUGGAACUAUAAUUAGUCCGCAUAAUCAUCUACUGUUCAAGGAUUACAAAUCAGCGCACAAGUGAUACGAAGAGAUGACCAAGUAUUUUUCAGCAUGUUCUUUGAGAACCACUCCCAUAUUGCACUUGAUGGCUUCAUGAUUCAGUUCAAUAAGAACACUUUUGGUCUUGCUGCUGCUGGACAGCUUCAGGUGCCGCAAUUACAACUAGGGACAUCUCCAAGCACUCUGCUGCCAAUGGUGUUAUUCUUGAAUCUUUCUCCAGGCCCCCUACCCCGCUUUUGCAAGAGUCACAUGAUAAGAUCUCAUUUCGCGUCUUCUUUAUUGAGGAUGGGAAAAUGGAGCGUUCAAGUUAUCUAGCAAAGUUACUGAUGUAAAAGCUAGCUGUAUUGGUGACUAUAAUAUUUCUCUAUCUAUUAUUAGAUAGAGAAAUUCUAAAUAUAAUGCAAAGCCGACUUUUUAAAUCCUGUUAUGCAGUUCAACCCUGCAUUUUUUGCAACUUUUUCUGAUGCUUCUAUGAUUUACUUUUAUAAAAAAUUAUUAUUGCAGAUUUUUUCAUAGAUUCAUCAUUAUGCAAUGCACUUUAAUGGUGCAGACAUGGAAAUCAUUACCUGAUUCAAAUGAGAUCUCCAGGGACUUUCCGGGGGUUGCUAUAAAUAGUGUUGAUGCAACCAUUGAGCAUUUAGCUACAUCCAACAUAUUAUUUUUCAUUGCCAAGAGGAAGCAUGCCAACCAGGGGGUGCUGUAUCUUGCUACAAAGAUCCCUCGGGGAAUCCCUUUUUUGAUUGAGCUGACAGUUGUCAUCGAGAUUCAGGGACUUAGAUGUGCAAUGAAGAAUUGAAGACUCCUACCCCAGAUAUGGCUCCUUGUUUUUUUAAAAACUCUGACGCUCUCAAGAGUUAUUAACAAUUUAUGUACGUACAAGCUUCUUAUGGGUUAUUUUAAAAUACAAUGUAACAGCUGAUACUUUAUGGGUUAUUUUGCAAUGUCACAAGCUUCUUCUUCACGAGAUGAGUAGGGAACUCUCUGGAAUCCCAAUAAUGGGUUUGGUGGACUGGUGCAAUGACACAAUUUUAAA